UCCACGUUGGAAGUGAUAGAAAGUAUUACCCCUAUUCAGACACUGUUUCUAGUUUUUGGGAAGGAUAUUUAAUCAAAGAAGAUCCUGAGGUGUAAAAAAAACACCGACGCUCGGCGGCGGAGAUCGACGGGGUUUUUUUUUUUAAUAAUAAAUUGAUGAUCGCACGGUUGACGAGUGAAAAGUUUUCUCAGGACACAAAGUUGUCAAGUGAGUUGAACUUCAACAAUAGGCGGACUCUAUCACAAGACAGUUGAGCGACAGAGAGUCACAGGACACAUGUAAACAGUUGAUUUUUUUCUUUUAAAGGAGAAAAACCCUUUCUCAAGGUGACAAAAACUUUAUGUCAAGAAAAAUGGAAGCGACAUUCUACGACGAAGCAGUGAAUGCCUCCAACUCUCAGCAUGACGGGCCGAGAGUGUACGGGUUCAACCCCAAAACCCUCAAACAGACCAUGACCCUGAACCUAAACGACCCGAAAAACUUCAAACCUCAGCUGGGUGCCAAGGCCCUGGACCUCCUGACGUCUCCCGAUGUCGGGUUACUGAAGCUGGCCUCGCCUGAACUGGAGAGACUAAUCAUCCAGUCCUGCAGCGGGCUGACGACUCCCACCCCGACCCAGUUUGUCUGUCCCAAGAACAUCACCGACGAGCAGGAGGGGUUCGCUGAAGGGUUUGUGAGGGCGCUGGCUGAGCUCCACUACCAGCAGCAGAUACCCCCCACCCACCCUGACGCACAGACCGGCGCGAGCAGCGGCAUGGCAUCCGGCUCGGCUGCGCCCGAGAGCGGCGGGAUUCCCUACAGCUGCACGGUGCGCACGGAGCCGCCGGAGUACACUAACUUGGGCACCUUCAAUCGGAUCGCGGGCUCUGCGUCCGCACCUGCCGGCGAGAGACACCCACCUACGAGCUACCCAGCAGCCCCACAACCGCCCCAUAACCACAUGGACCACCAGCUGGCGGCGGCGCGGCUACACAGUCUGAAAGAGGAGCCGCAGACGGUGCCAGAGAUGUCCGGCGACACCCCUCCGCUCUCCCCCAUCGACAUGGAGUCCCAGGAACGCAUCAAAGCGGAGAGGAAGCGCAUGAGGAACAGAGUGGCCGCGUCCAAAUGCCGGAAAAGGAAGCUGGAGAGGAUCUCUCGACUGGAGGACAGGGUCAAAAACCUAAAGAGCCAAAACACGGAGUUGGUUUCCUCUGCCAACGUCCUGCGGGAUGAGCUGGCUCUGCUCAAGCAAAAGGUCAUGGACCACGUAAACAGCGGCUGCCAGCUCAUCUUGACGCAGCAGCUCCAAGCUUUCUAAGACUAUCAAGGGAAAAAUAAAGAGACAAGGGACAUUUCUUGGGGACCAAAUGCGACUCCAAGUGGCCUGUUCAGCCUCGCAGGGGAGGAGGGAGGGGGGUAGUCCCUGCGUCUAAUGACAGUUUUCCACCAAAUUAUCUACUCAGGCUGUAUCCACUAAGUUUCUGCAAAGAGCAACGCAUGUGACUGACAAGAAAAUUGUAAUUGGUCAGUAUGAAUUGUACAGAACAGAGGCCACCAAGGCGCACACAUCUCAGAAGGAACAUUUGCUCUACAUACUCCUCUGAUGGGACUUGUUAGAUAUUUCAAAACAGCUUUCUGUCUGUCUGUCUUUUUUUUUAUAUUCCAUCCAAAACUACAAGAUCAAACUUGUUAUCAGUCAAGCCAAGGUAACAUGGCAAGUGUCCAUACCUUGUUAUGGGGUAAUUGUGAAUUGAUUAUGGCCCACGCAGUCUUGCGUCCUGACAGAUGAUCUGUCAGAGCCUGUUUGGGAUGUUUGUGAGGCAGGUCUAACCCUGCCAAGAAAAAAAAAUCUUCCACUGUGUCAAGUAGCAGUUUAUGCAUUUAGACUUGAUUCAAGCACUGAGUAUCACACCAGCGAUUAUAUGUACAGAGUAACACUAACACAAAUUAUUUCACACCUUCACGCAAGGACUCAUAGGUGUGUAGCGUUUACUGACAGAAACUGCCUUACUUUCAUAACACUUACAUUGAUACGACUUUGUGAUAUAGGUGUAACUAAUGUUAGACUUGAAAUAACACUUUGUAAUAAUAUUUGUACGCUGUAUUUUGAGCACUUGAGAACUGUACAUAUGACAAAUAAACAUGUUGGA